AUGGGUUGGGGGGUUCUUCAAGACCCGCUGAUGGAAAAUCCUCCUGGGACAGCUACCAUCGGGGCGUCGCCAGUGAUUGGUCAGGAAAUCUAUUGGUCUCCGCUAUGGAAAAAUACCAUCAUGGUUAUUCUUGCGUUCAGCUCGGGGCUGACGACUGCCCUCGGCCCAAUGCUCACUCCCGGUCUCCAUACCAUCGCAGUCCAGUACAACGUCAGCCUCGACAUGGUUUCCAGCUUCAUGAUCGGCUUCUUUGCAUUUUGGAUCGGAUCGACGACAUUCUUUACAGCCGCCGGCGCAAACAUUUGGGGAAAGCGGCCUUUCUUCCUGAUAUCUACGGUGAUUCUGAUCGGUACUUGCGUUUGGGGAUAUCUAGCUUCCUCCUUCCAAUCUCUUGCAGCCAUGCGGGUCGUCCAGGGCAUGGCCUCUGCUCCCCUAGAAACUCUAGUCACCAGUUCUGUCUCCGACCUCUUCUUCGUCCACCAACGCGGCUCUCGCCUCGCUAUAUGGGGCGUCAUGCUUGCUUCCGGUGUUCUCCUCGGCCAAACCAUCUCCGGAUACAUCAUACAAACUCUCGGCAUCCGCUCCACCUUCGCAAUCGCAGGAAUGAUCUUCAUUUUCCUCCUGCCCUUGACCUACUUCUUCGUCCUCGAGACCACCUUUACCUCCCCACGCGAGCGCACCGCUCAGCUCCAGGAAAAAGGCAACUCCUUCUGGAUGAUCGAGCACGACGGACGCGAGCCCUACCGCCGCCAACUACGCGUAUUUCGCGGCCGCCUCAGCCCUGAGAGCUACUGGAAAGGCGUGAUCAAGCCGUUCCCGCUAAUCGCGUACCCGGCCGUGCUCUUCAGCACCAUCGUCUACGGGUCUUUCUUCACGUGGCUGCUAGUCAUCUCGCUGCUAUCAGCGACCGCGUUCGGAAGUCCGCCGUACAAUCUAACACCCUCGCAGAUCGGGCUGACGAACCUGCCAUUAUUCGGCGUCGCGCUGCUCGGCUCGCCGCUGUCUGGCUGGAUGGCAGACACCGUAGCAAAGGGCAUGGCGCGCCGCAACCGCGGCGUCUUCGAGCCCGAGUUCCGGCUCACGCUCAUGCUCGUCGCGAUGCCGCUGUCCACCAUCGGCUUCCUCGGCUUCGGGACGAGCGUGCAUAACCACGCGCCGCUGGCGUGGCCGCUCGUCUUCAUGUCGUUGCACGCGCUCUCGGUGCCGUUCGCGACGCAGGCCAGCCUGACGUACGUGAUUGACUGCCACCCCAGGGACGCGAACCAGGCGUUUGUGACGAUCAAUUUCGCUAAAGCGGUCUUCACGUUCCUGGCGACGACGUACGUGAAUGGGUGGUAUUUGCGGGUGGGGCCGAGGCAGGUGUUUUAUGUUAUUGCGGCGGUCAAUUUGGGGGUUUGCACGUUGACGGGGCCGGCGUAUGUGUUUGGAAAGAGGUUUCGGGGGAUGGUGGCGCGAAGUCGAUUUGCGCAGAAGCUCUCAGGGUAA